GGAACAAUGAUCGCGGCGGCAGAGAUACCCCAUCACGGCCGCCGUAUUUAAAACAGUCCUCAGCACGCUGCCUACCCCGCGCCCCCGCCUCACGUCCACCAUGUCGUCCGCGGUAACCACAUAUCUCAGCCAGUGCUUUGUCAACCUCAUCCCCCAUCGGGAAAAGAAAGCCGGCGACCUCACGCUCUGGCAGGCGAUUCGCAGCCUCACGUGGAUCCAGUGGGCACAAUUCUGGUGCGGAUGGUUGGCGUGGAUUUGCGACUCCUACGACUUUUUCAGCGUGUCGCUCAGCGUCACGGCCCUCGAAAAGCAGUUCAACAAAGAUGCUAAUACCAUCUCGACCGCUAUCACGCUUACGCUCCUCUUCCGUUCGUUAGGUGCUGUUAUCUUCGGUAUCGCCUCGGACCGCUUCGGCCGCAAGUGGCCGCUCGUCGUGAAUUUGCUCCUCGCCGCCGCCUUCGAGCUUGGCUCGGGCUUCGUGAACAGCUAUGAGCAAUUCCUCAUCGUGCGCUCCUUCUUCGGAGUCGCCAUGGGCGGAAUCUGGGGCCUCGCCUCGUCCACCGCGCUGGAGAACCUGCCUGUGGAGGCACGCGGUCUUGCGAGUGGGUUCCUCCAGGAGGGCUAUGCAGUCGGGUAUCUUCUUGCCGCGGUGAUCAACCUGACGCUCGUCCCGGAGACCUCGACCGGCUGGCGCGGGCUCUUCUGGCUCGGCGCGGGCCUCAGCGUCCUCGCGGCGGCGGUCCGCGCUGUCCUCCCCGAGAGCGAGGUCUUCUUGCGCGCAAAGGCGGUCGAGCGCGCGACGGGGCACACGACAAAGAACAAGACGAAGGUGUUCGUUCGCGAGACGAAGCAGAUGUUGAAGAACCACUGGAUUCUGUGUUGCUACGCGGUCGUGCUCAUGACUGGGUUCAAUUUCCUCUCGCACGGUUCGCAGGACUUGUACCCUACGUACCUCCGGACCACGAAGGGCUUCUCCGAGCACGACUCGACAGUGGCAACGAUCAUUGGAAAUUGUGGUGCCAUUGCCGGUGGUACCAUUGCCGGAUGGCUGUCUCAGUACAUCGGCCGGCGACUCACCAUCAUCCUGUUCGUCUUGCUUAUCGGCGCAUUCAUCCCGCUCUGGAUUCUCCCGUCUACAUUCGGCGCAUUGUCAGCAGGUGCUUUCUGCGUGCAGUUCGGUGUGCAGGGAGCUUGGGGAGUAAUCCCGAUUCAGCUCGCGGAGAUGUCCCCACCCGCGUUCCGUGCGACCUUCCCUGGUGUUGCAUACCAGAUGGGCAACAUGGUCUCCUCCGCCUCCGCACAAAUCGAGACCACCGGCGGCAAGAACCUCAAGACGACCAUCUUCCAAAAUGGCGCAUACCAGACCGUCGCGGACUACGCGACCGUGCAGGGGAUCCUGCUCGGCGUCGUCGCCGCGUUCGUCGUGCUCUGCACGAUUAUCGGCCCAGAGAAUCACGGCUCGCACUUCGAGAAGUACAAGGCGGCGUUCGAGGAGGGCGCCGGGCGCGACGAGGAGAUGCCCGACCUUGACGAGCACGGGAACCCCAUCGUCCGUGCCGGCCCCGAGGGUAAGGGCGCAGACGUCGAGUCGGGGUCCCGCCCGAGGAGUAUCGAGGAGGUUAGGGAGAAGGACGUGGAUUAGCGCAGUGGGUGCUGAGUUAGUGGAUGGGUAUAUCCUAAUCUUCGCGCUCUGCCGAUUCGUGGUGAGCGUGGUGCUCACCGACGAGGUAGCAAGCCCCGGUGGGCCGAGUUGUACGAUCAUGCCGUGACGACCUUCACGAUGUUGUGUGGAAGCUGUAUUUUUACCGUGUACGUCGACGAACAUAUCUAAACACCUGUAAUGCCUUCGA